AUGCUCAAGAACGUGGCUGCAAAAGGCCUUAUAGGCAAGAGGUCUUCUUUAGGUCGAAGUGAAGCUCUCAGAGACAUCGGCAUGAAAGAGCACGUUCAUCGACUUUUCGACAGAUCUUCAGCUUAUACAAGAAUCCCAGGCUCCUUUGUGGAAGGGCUAAAGAAAUGCUCACACAUCUUAGAAAUGCAAAUCCCAAUAAAACGUGACGACGGUUCUAUUGAUAUUUUUGAAGGCUUCAGAGCUCACCACUCCAUCCACGCUUUGCCGCUUAAAGGAGGAAUCAGAUUCACCCCAGGGCUCAAGCUAGAAGAUGUGGAAGCUGUUGCAGCACUCAUGACAUUGAAGAUGGCUGUUGUGGACAUUCCUUAUGGAGGAGCCCACGGAGGAGUUUCAGUUGACCCAUCUAAACUGAGCAAAUCAGAGCUCGAACAGCUGACCAGAAAUUAUGCUAGGGAGCUGACCAAGUCUGGCUUCAUGGGACCAUCAAUUGAUGUGGCUGGCCCUGAUAUUGGCACUGAUUCUACAACAAUGGCAUGGGUCAUGGACGAGUACUCAAAGCUAGCUCCAAAUGAUACAGAACUGCUAGCUGUGGUCACUGGGAAACCAGAGGCAUCUGGAGGCAUUGCUGGUAGAGUUGAAGCCACUGGUCGCGGCUUUUAUUAUGCUCUCCACCAAUUCUUGUCUGAUUUAGAGCUGACUGAGUCAUUAGGCCUUACAAAUAACUUAGACAACAAGUCAUAUAUCAUCCAAGGCUUUGGAAAUGUAGGCUACUAUAUUGCUAAAUUUGUGACGGAAAACGCCAAAGGCAAAAUAGUAGGAAUUUUGGAAAAGGAUGGUGGCACUUAUAACCCUGAAGGACUUGACGUAAAAGCUUUAAAGAAGCAUUUUGACAAGCAUCAUACACUUAAAGGAUUUGAUGGCGGAGACACCUAUUCAUAUGCAGAAGAUAUUUUAUGCUGGCUUAGAAAGACUAAAAAGAUAGCCACUGGCUAUAUUAUCAGUAUAAAAAGAAAUUUUAAUUGGAUAAUUCUAACUCCCCCCCCCCCUCCGUGAGUGAACAAAAAAAAUUUUGUUCACUCAUGGAGGGGGGUUAAUUUUUUUUUUUUAAAAACAUUUAUAUAUAAAUUUUAUAAAAAAUAUUUUUUUUCGAAAUUUGAAAAAAUCCUAAUUCGCAAAAAUUGGAAAGCAAAUAUUAAUUUAAUUUAUAAAAUUUAUGUUUUAAAAAGCAAUUUGUUUAAAAUUAAAUAGAAUUAGCUCUAGAUUUCAUUAUACUAAUUAUCAUUUAUAUAUCAAAAUUUUUUUCCAUAAAAAAUGUUUUCUAUUAAAAAAAUUUUUGUUCACUCACGGAGGGUGGGUUUUUGGGCAAAAAAUAGGGAUUUUUCUAAUGGUUUUGUUCACUCACGGAGGGGGGGGGGAGUAAGCAUUUAGGCUCUCUAAAUAAUCAUAUCAAAAGAAUGCGACAUCUUGGUACCAGCAGCUAUUGAAAAAACCAUUAACUCAGAAAACAUGCACCUCCUAAAAUGCAAAAUUGUUGCAGAAGCUGCCAAUAUGCCAAUCACACUUAAAGCUGAAGAGUAUUUACUUAACCAUGGAGUCGCUAUUUUACCUGACAUUUUAAUGAACGCUGGAGGAGUCAUUACUUCAUACUUCGAGUAUGUAAAGAACAUUGGCCACAUUAGUCCAGGCAAAUUAACAAAGAGAUGGGAAAUGAGGUCAAAUGAAGCUAUAUUGAAGUUCAUUGCAGGGCUCUUGGAAACUGAUCUUACACAUGGAGAGCUUCACGUUGCUUCAGAUUUGGAUAUUGUGAAUAACGCUUUGGAAGAUCUUAUGACGAACUCUGUCAAGCUUACCCAGAAGACUGCUAAUAGAUUCGCUAUUAACUAUAGAGACGCAGCUUAUGUGAAUGCCAUCAAUAGAAUAUAUGAAAAUUUAAGGUAUAGCAGCUACUAUGCAGCUUAA